UUUGCUGAUAGAAACGAAUUAUAUACCGUUGUGAAAAUGAUUAUUAAAAAAGAAAACAAUGAUAACCAUUACCCAUCGCUUCGCGUAAGUGAUCUCAUUAGAAAGAAUAUUCCCAACCUUAUUGGAAGAAAUAGUAUUUUAGCUACCGCUGCAUACGGGUCGCACGCUGCUGCCGGGGCCUGGUGGGGGCAGCAUUCCCAUCCGAUGCACACGGUGGGAGCGGCGAUGUAUGGCGAGGAUACGACAGGCCACGCCGGUGUCGGUAGUCGUAGCCCUCCUGCCUCCAUGCACAACUCCGCCAGCCACUCGAGUGCUGCCAAUCAUAUCGUACAGCAACAACAGCAGCAGCAGCAGCAACAGCAGCAACAGCAGCAACAACAACAGCAAGUGGCUGCUGCAGCAGCAGCAGCAGCAGCGGCGGCAGCUCAGCAACAGCAAGUGCAGACUCAAUCGGCAGCACCACAGCAAACACAGAACACUACUUCGUCAAGUGCAUCGCAGCAGCAGCAGAGCAGUGCCGGGUCGGUGGUAUCUCCAGCAACGCAAAUCGUACCUCCUUCCACAGCUAGUGAAUCCCCUGGAAGCGUAAGCUCCCAACCAUCAGGUCCUAUUCAUAUACCAGCAAAACGUCCUGCGUUUGAUCCGGAUUCUCGGCUAAGGCACUCGUAUCCAUGGGGGAACGAGUCGGCGGCUGAUUACGCUUACCACGCACAGUAUCCACCAUAUGCACUGGCCACUGAUAUCAAACCAAUGUAUUACUCAGGCUAUCCAGGCCCAGAAGCCAAUUUCCAAUCCCAUCCGUAUUACACAAAGUAUGAGCCGGACGCUUACAUAGCAGCGGAACGAUCACGAGGCGUCCCGGGUGAUCCACCUUCCUUGCAGUCUAGCUAUGAAUCAUACAAUUCGUCUGGUUUGAGGUCCUAUUCCAGUGAAACAUAUCCUAAUCCUGGUUCCAGCUUAUCGGUAGGCGUUAGCGGUGUGGGGUCGUGCACGCCUUCCAACCCACUUGAGUGGACAGGAAAUGUAACAGUGAGAAAGAAACGAAAGCCAUACUCAAAAUUCCAGACAUUGGAAUUAGAAAAAGAGUUCCUGUUCAAUGCGUAUGUUUCAAAGCAGAAACGAUGGGAACUGGCUCGCAAUCUAAAUCUCACCGAACGACAGGUUAAAAUAUGGUUCCAAAAUCGCCGAAUGAAAAACAAGAAAAACAGUCAGCGUCAAUCAGCGCAAGCAAAUAGUGGUAGCAGCAACAACAGUUCCAGUCACAGCCAUUCCCAGCCACCAGCGCAUCACAAUCCUCAUCACAUAAGUCUUGGUCUGGGAAUGUCAACACUGCAUGGCUCUAAAAUGCAUCAGUGACCUUUAGAGCAACAACCACACCAAUCGGAAGCACAGUCACAGCUUAGUCAGCAACAAUCGCAGCAGACUCUUCUUCAAACGCAACUGCAGCAUCACCCUCAUGCGACACCUUUGCAGGAACACACGCAG